UUGUAUCCGAAAACGGAAGUCCCCCUCUUUCAAUAUAGUAAACCGAUGGAUCUGCCAGGGGGGGUUUCUGUGUAUAUGGAUAGAGUGAGGUAGGGGGAGGUGUGCGUGCGCCCGACCGCAGCCGCCUCCGUUUUGAAACGCUGACAGCCGCGGACGGCGGCGUCCGCUUUUACGGCCCCCUUUCGACCAAUGGCGUGUCGUCGGGCCGUGUGCGAACCGAACCGUUCGUUCGUCGUCUAACGACGGACGGACACACACCAAACGAGAGAGACUCUAUAGAGGCCGCUUCACGCGAACAGACAGACACACUACGAGAAACUUUAAACGCACACACGUACACUAAACACGCGUUUAACGCGACACAGAGACCUCUACAACCCAAGUUUAAGUCAGUUUUAAUCAUUUUAAAAUUUCAUUUUUUGACAUACGCAAUAGAAACGUCAAAUGAGACAGUUGAAGACGCGUCGACAAUCGCGAGCGCGAAUUAAAUGAAACGCGACCAACGAACGUCACUGACUACUGUAUAUAACAACAAUAUAACCGAUCGAGUGAGUGUUUGAAAAAAAAGCAAAAGCAACAAAUGAAGGCCGUUUUAAGUGUGCGCUUUUGUUUGAGUUCCGAUGGUAUUCUGAUUAUUGUAAUACGACGACGACGUGAAUUUGUUGUUUGUUUUCGUUUGUUACGCUUGUUAUGUGGUGUUGUUGGUUAAUCGUGAUUAAAGACGACUUCGGAAACUGUUUCGUUGUAUUAUUAUUUAUCGUGUUACAAGAUAACCGGGUUAAUAAGGGCCAUUUCACCGGAUCCUUGGAUCAGCUUAGAAAGAAGAGGAGCCCGGCCGCAGUUACCUUCUUGUUCUUCUUCGAGUGCUCCUUGUACAUACGAGAAAAAUGAUCAUCACCACUAUAAGUGUUGAAGUGUGAAAGUGACGAGUGCCCGAGGAGAAAAAUUAAGUGUUUUCGAGCAAAAUUUAAAUCUCUAAGUAUCUUUUUAGCGAAAAAGUAAAUAAAUAAAUAAUAAAGUAUCUGUGAUCUCAGUUCCAAAUACCGUAAAGGAAAAAGUGCGCGAGAAUUUCCAUUUGCGGCCUUCCAAAUGGAAAUGAGCUCGUAUUUCGCCAACUCUUAUAUGCCUGAUAUGCGGAAUGGCGGAGUGGUUCCUGCGGAGCACCCGCACCAGCACCAACAUUAUGGUGCCGCUGUGCAGGUGCCCCACAGUGGCACCGGGGUUCAAGAUCCUAAUUCCUGCGGCGGCGACCCUUCCGUCGUAGGACUUCGCCAAGGGAUACCACCACACCAUUACGGGGGCCCACCGGCCGCCGGACAACCACCUCAGGGGAUGCCGUACCCACGAUUUCCACCGUACGACCGCAUGGAUAUUCGGAACGCAGGAUAUUACGGAACCCAACAGCCUCAAAUGGACGGCAAUCAAGGAUACAGACCCGAUAGUCCUACUAACAAUAUCCAUAUGGGUGGCAACGGGGCCCCCAAUGGACACCAAACACCCGUAGUCUACGCUAGUUGUAAGUUGCAAGCGGCCGCGGUCACCCAAGGUGGAGUUUUAGGACCGACGGGGAGUCCACCGUUGGACACGUCUCAGGGUAUGAAUAACCACCAUAUGGGUCAUCACAUGCAAGAGCAACAGCACCCACAUGUCCAGCAGCAACACCACCAGCAACAACAACACAUGAUGUAUCCUGGCCAACAAGGUAGCAAUAUGCAUCAACAACCGGCCCAUCAGCAGGGAAAUAUGCAACAGGGUCAACAACCCAAUCAACAACAACCAAAUAGUAAUGCGGCAGCGUUACCAAGUCCGCUUUAUCCUUGGAUGCGAAGUCAGUUUGAAAGAAAAAGAGGCAGACAGACGUACACGAGGUAUCAAACGCUUGAAUUGGAAAAAGAGUUCCACUUCAACAGGUACUUGACCAGGCGAAGAAGAAUCGAGAUAGCACACGCGCUAUGUCUUACAGAAAGACAAAUAAAAAUUUGGUUUCAAAAUAGAAGGAUGAAGUGGAAGAAAGAAAAUAAAACCAAAGGAGAAGGAGGAAGUGAAGGAGCUGGCGAUGAUAUCAGCCCGCAAGGAUCGCCACAGUGAAUGUAAUCAGAAAUAGCACUAACAGCAGCAGGAGUAGGAUAAGAAAUGAUUUUUUUUUGUGAGAGUGUUGAAGGCGAUUGACACACACACACACACAAAAGAAUAAAAAAAUACAAGGAAAACCUAUGUACCUAAAGAAAUACGUCAUAGUCAUUUGCAUUUAUUAAGAAAAAAACUGGCUUUGCUCUGUCCAAAGCUCUUCUCUACGGUAUUUAAAUGAUUUUUUUUCGAAAAGGAUUUUUGGUUUCAUUUAAAUAUUGUUUAUUUCUUUUUUGGAAGUAAAUUAAACAAAAUUAACUAAAAUUAAAAAAAAAACUAAACGCGACAACCGCAAUGACCUCUGAAUAAUUAAUUAAAAAUAAUUUUUAAUUAAUUAAAUUUUUAUUAUAAUUAAUAUAACACGUUGUAAAAAGUC